CAAGAAGAAAGGGAAGAAAGGAAAAACCAAAGGUACCCCGAUUGUUGAUGGGCUUGCUCCAGAGGACAUGAGCAAGGAGCAGGUGGAGGAGCAUGUCAGCCGCAUCCGCGAGGAGCUGGACCGUGAACGUGAGGAGCGCAACUACUUUCAGCUGGAGCGGGACAAGAUCCACACCUUCUGGGAGAUCACACGGAGGCAGCUGGAGGAGAAGAAGGCUGAGCUGCGGAACAAAGACCGGGAGAUGGAGGAGGCUGAGGAGAGGCACCAGGUUGAGAUCAAGGUCUACAAGCAGAAGGUGAAACACCUGCUGUAUGAGCAUCAGAACAACUUGACGGAGGUGAAGACCGAGGGCACCGUGGUCAUGAAGCUGGCGCAGAAGGAACACCGCACACAGGAGGGCGCAUUGCGCAAGGACAUGCGGGCGCUGAAGGUGGAGCUCAAGGAGCGGGAGCUGACCGACGAGGUGGUGGUGAAGAACCUGCGGCUGAAGCACACGGAGGAGAUCACCAAGAUGCGGAACGACUUCGAGAGGCAGGUGCGAGAAAUUGAGGCCAAGUAUGAUAAAAAGAUGAAGAUGCUUAGGGAGGAGCUUGACCUGCGGAGAAAGACCGAGAUCCACGAGGUGGAGGAGAGGAAGAACAGCCAGAUCAACAUGUUGAUGCAGCGGCAUGAGGAAGCCUUUGCGGACAUCAAGAACUACUACAAUGAUAUCACCCUCAACAACCUGGCCCUCAUCAACUCCCUCAAGGAGCAGAUGGAGGACAUGCGCAAGAGGGAGGAGCACCUGGAGAAGGAGAUGAUGGAGGUGUCGGUGCAGAACAAGCGCUUGGCAGAACCCCUCCAGAAGGCUCGCGACGACGUGAACGAGAUGCAGAAGCAGCUCAGCAGCUAUGAGAGGGACAAGCAGACCCUGCUUUGCACAAAAGCACGUUUGAAGGUCACUGAGAAGGAGCUGAAGGGCCUGCAGUGGGAACACGAGGUGCUCGAGCAGCGGUUCCUCAAGGUGCAGCAGGAGCGGGACGAGCUGUACAGGAAGUUUACUGCGGCCAUCCUGGAGGUGCAGCAGAAGGUGGGUUUCAAGAACCUGGUUCUGGAGCGGAAGCUGCAGGCGCUGAGUGCUUCUGUGGAGAAGAAGGAGGUGCAGCUCAGUGAGGUGCUGGCGGCCUCCAACCUGGACCCCGCAGCGCUGACCCUUGUGUCCCGCAAACUGGAGGAUGUUCUAGAAUCGAAGAACAACACUAUCAAGGACUUGCAGUAUGAGCUGGCCCGGGUCUGCAAGGCGCACAAUGACCUGCUGCGCACCUAUGAGGCGAAGCUCCUGGCCUUUGGGAUCCCUCUGGACAACGUGGGCUUCAAGCCUCUGGAGACGGCUGUGAUCGGGCAGACGCUGGGCCAGGGCCCCGCGGGACUCGUGGGCACCCCGACGUAGUGCCUGCCUGGGACUGCUCCCUGGAUGACCUUCCCUUUCACCAAGGACAGGAACUGUUUUUUUUUACAUUUCUAUCAUCUGCAAAUGAAGGUUUUCUACAUU